UGUUGACAGAUCUUUGGAGUGGAGGAAUUGAGUUGUAUUAUUUUAUCCACCCAGCCGGUGUUUUGGUCAUCAGAUACCCAAAAUGUGGCGGCGUGUGAAGGUUUAAAACAGCACACGAGUCCCUGGGCGGAACGUUGACCCGACAGUAACGUUGUUGGAUCCAGGGGGUUGGGAUCCCACUGGUGUCUGUAGCCGACGGUGAGAACUACCAUGCUGUGCUGGGGAAAUGCUUCCUAUGGACAGUUGGGCUUGGGUGGGAUUGAUGAAGAAAUUGUGGUUGAACCACGAAAAUGUGAAUUCUUUCAUGGGAAACAAGUGAGCGAUGUUGGGUGCGGCCGCAGGCACACGGCCUUCUUGCUGGAGGACGGGGCUGUAUACACAUGUGGCUGCAACGACCUGGGGCAGCUGGGACACGAGAAGUCCAGAAAGAAACCAGAACAGGUAGUGGCCUUAGAUGCACAGAUCAUUGUGGCGGUGUCGUGUGGGGAGGCCCAUACGAUGGCCCUGAAUGAUAAGGGGCAGGUCUUCUCCUGGGGUCUCGGCUCAGAUGGACAGCUGGGCUUAAAUAACUUUGAAGAAUGUGUUCGCGUGCCCAGGAACAUCAAGAGUUUGUCGGACGUACAAAUCGCUCAGGUAACCUGUGGGUACAGGCACUCUCUUUCCCUCUCAAGAGGGGGCCAAGUAUUCUCCUGGGGCCAGAAUCGAUAUGGUCAGCUUGGGCUGGGAAAAAACGGACAAAGCAUUUCCACACCUCAGAUCAUUCAGUCUCUGCAGGGCAUUCCUUUUGCUCAAAUAUCAGCAGGUGGUGCUCACAGCUUCGCCCUGACUCCCUCAGGAGCCGUUUUUGGUUGGGGGUGCAACAAGUUUGGCCAGCUGGGCGUCAAUGAUACUAAUGAUCGGUGUUUCCCAACCCUCCUGAAGUCCCUGCGAUCACAGCGGGUGAUUUACGUCUCCUGUGGAGAGGAUCACACCGCAGCACUCACCAAAGAAGGAGGCGUGUUCACAUUUGGAGCAGGAGGGUAUGGACAACUCGGGCAUAACGCGACAAACCACGAAAUCAACCCCAGGAAGGUGUUUGAGCUCAUGGGAAACAUUGUCACACAGAUAGCAUGUGGAAGGCAGCACACCCUGGCUUUCACACCGUCCUCUGGAAAGAUGGAUUCAUUUGGGCUCGGAGGUAACGGGCAGCUCGGUACACGCUCCACGUGCAACAGGAAAAGCCCUGCCCUGGUCAAAGGCCCCUGGGCAGCUGCUGGCGCUCCCAUGGAGUCAGACCUGGAGGAGAACUGUUUUGUCAAAAGGAUUUACGCCGGAGGGGAUCAGAGCUUUGCCCCCUACUGCACCGCCAGUAAUCUCCAGAACUCUGAUUAUGCGAGGAUACAAGACCUCCAAAGAAAGAUAUGCACCUUGAAUGAGGACAUUAUCCAGAAAUGGCUGAGCAUCUCCCCAGGAAGACUCCCACCUGAAAUCUCCAAGGAGAUUGAUCUUCUGUUCUCCUCAGCAAGCUGCCUCAACGCGUCCUUCCUGUCGACAAGUCAUCCAGAUCAUUACAGCACGAGCAGCAAAUGUUCAGGAGUGGAUAUGAACACGGCUCGCGUCCUGUUCCACCGAGUAAUUCAGCAAGAACGCCCGGAGAUCACUCAGCAGGUUGCUGCUAGUCUGGAGAAGAACCUGAUCCCUCGGCUCAGCAACUCUCCCCCCGAUAUCGAAGCCCUCAGACUCUACCUCACUCUUCCUGAAUGCCCGCUCUUCACCGACCGCAACAAUUACGUGACCAUCACUAUCCCAUUUGCCAAAUGUGUUGUGUGUCUAAAAGAGGUUCCAUUCAGAGUGCUAGGAAACUGGUGGUCAACGUUUGAGCCCCAGCUGUUCCAGCGGCUCGUCGACACAUACAAAGAAGUGGUGGUGUUUCUGCUUCAGAUGCACAAGAUGGGCAUCCCAUCAGUGGAGCAGAGGAUUUUCACCUGCUUCUUGGACACAUGCCUGAAAUUCCUUGAGAUCUUGCACAAGGUGAACGAGCGAGCAGGACAGAUCAUUCAGUACGAUAAAUUCUACAUUCAUGAGUUGGACGACCUGAUAGACAUCAGAAAUGACUACGUCACGUGGAUUCAGAGGCAGAUGUACCCAAUGGGUCAUGACGGCGUAGUGACUCUCUGCAAGUAUCCAUUUGUUUUUGAUGCCCAAGCGAAGACAACUCUGCUUCAGACUGAUGCCGUCAUACAGAUGCAGAUGGCAGUGGAUCAGGCACAGAUGCAAAACUUCAGCUCCAUGUUCAUGCCAGCUGUGGAGUCUGUCAACCCUUGUCUUAUCCUCAUUGUUCGGAGGGAAAAUAUCGUCGGAGACACCAUGGAGGUUCUCAGGAAAUCAAAGAACGUUGACUACAAGAAACCAUUAAAGGUGAUCUUCGUGGGAGAAGAUGCGGUUGAUGCUGGGGGUGUGAGAAAGGAGUUCUUCCUGCUGAUCAUGAAAGAGCUGCUGGAUCCCAAAUAUGGGAUGUUUCGCUACUACGAAGAGUCCAGGCUCAUCUGGUUUUCACACAAGACCUUUGAGGACAUCGACCUGUUCAACCUGAUCGGGGUCAUCUGUGGUCUGGCCAUCUACAACUUCACCAUCGUGGAGCUCAGCUUCCCUUUGGCACUUUACAAGAAGCUUCUGAAGCAGCAGCAGCCGACGCUGGACGACCUGAAGCAGCUCAUGCCCGAUGUGGGAAGGAGUUUGCAACACUUACUGGACUACACAGAAGAUGAUAUUGAGGAAACCUUCUGCCUGAACUUUACAGUCACUGAGGAAAACUAUGGUGCCACAGAGGUUUUGGAGCUGAUACCAAACGGAGAAGACAUCAAUGUCAAUAAAUCAAACAGGCAGGACUUUGUCGAUGCCUAUGUAAACUACAUUUUCAACUCAUCAGUGGCUCCACUGUUUGAGUGCUUCUAUGCAGGCUUCCACAAAGUGUGUGGUGGGAAGGUUUUGGAGCUGUUCCAGCCCAGUGAACUGCAAGCUAUGAUCAUUGGCAACACCAACUACGACUGGACAGAGCUGGAGAAGAGCACUGAAUACAAAGGGGAGUACUGGGCAGACCAUCCGACCAUCAAGCUCUUCUGGGAGGCGUUUCACGAUCUUCCAUUAGAGAAGAAAAAACUGUUUCUCUUGUUCCUCACAGGAAGUGACCGCAUCCCCAUCUUGGGGAUGAAAAGCCUGAAGCUAGUGAUCCAGCCUACGGGUGGCGGGGAGCAUUACUUACCUGUUGCCCACACCUGCUUCAAUCUGCUGGACCUGCCCAAGUACACGAGACUACGAACGCUCCGUGAGAAGCUCUUACAAGCGAUCGAUCACAAUCAAGGCUUCAAUCUCGCCUGAUUGGCUGAGGAAAAGUCCCUGUAUUUAAGCUGCUGAUGGUGACCACAUUCCCACAAGCUUCGUUUUAGACUUUUUAGUUUGAGCUCAACUGUCGGAAUGAGCGCUGGUUGGACGGGAGUCCAUGUGACGCAAAAAUGGUUUAGAUGGUUGUUUCAACUUUCACGUUAAUGUUGAUUUUAACAACUCUUCUUCCAUCACAGCACUGGGAAGCCCUGCGAUGAAUCCAGGGCUCGAUCACACGAUCAUAUGUAUUUUAAGGUACAAUGGAAAAGCAGCAGCAUUAACUUUCUGAGGCUUCAAAUCUAGUUUGCCAUCAAGAGGUUUAAAAACAGGAUGCAAUCCCAACACAGUGAUAUGAAUCAGUUUUUCCAACAGUCAGCCGGACUCUGGAUAGGAGCGUCUGCAUGGCAACUGCCAUCAAACACUGUUUCACAACAUUUUCCAGGAGCUGUGUCCAAUCCAUGUGCAUUAAACCUUUGAGUCUAGAAAAGUAAUGCACGUCAUGUUUCUGGAGGGUUCUGUUGUGACUGAGCAGUGUGAAGCUUGGGCUUUGGAUGCUGAGAUGGUUUUUCUUGGCUGUAUGCCUUAAAUUAUUCACAAAUAAAAACAAAGUACAGCCAUUGAAAUAAAUGUUACUUUUGGGGAAAUGUACCGUUGUGUUUGAGUCCAAGUGUUAUCAUCUGACCUGCAGAUUUUAUAAAAAGGGAAAAACAAAAGCGUUACCGUUAGACUCCAAGUCAGUUCAACAAAUGAUUUCAUGAAUAUUUUCCAGCCUACAGGCCAACUUCAACAUAAUCAAUAAAAUUCACAAGUUCUUACCAUUUACCGUAUUGUCCCGAAUAUAAGACGACCCCGAUUAUAAGACGACCCCUUCUUUUUCAAGACUCAAGUUUGAAGAAAGACUUUUUGAACACCAAAUUCAAUGUUUAUACAGAAAAUAAUUACAGUACAUCUGAAACAAAUGAUUAUAACAAUAUAUUCGAGAGAAAAAGCAUGUUAUUUUGACUAUUUGAAAUCAUUAUCUUGAAGUUUGCAUAGUAACUUUUCCUCAGCUGCCGGUUUACCUGCCGAACUUCCACCCUCUUUUCUCCGAUUGUCGCUAUGUUUCUCCACUUUCUGUUAUCUCGUCUCUUAUUUUCUUCUCUUUUCUUUCUUAUACUAUUUUUUAUUUUUCUUCUUCGUGACAGGGGUUGGCUUUGGCCUGGGGAGUUCAGUUCAGCAUUCGCUUUAAAGAUAUCUGGCGCCAUCUAGCGUUGUGAAUGCGUAUAACGUCUAGACCCCGAAUGUAAGACGACCCCCACUUUUUCAGUCUUAUUUCAAUACAAAAAACACUGUCUUAUAUUCAGGCUAAUACGGUAAAUCUUUUCAUGAGGACAACAACAACCUCAGCUGGCUUUCUCUACAACACCCAACUCAUUAAUGGAGACGGCUCGGAUUAGGUUCACAUUUUAAUGAUAAACUGUACAUGUUAAAGGAUGAGUAGACAUGAUGUUGCAUGUCCUUGAAGGAGGAAAACGAGCUGGUGUUUCACCGUUUGUACAGGGCUUUGUGUUUUCAGUGGGGCAAGUCGUGGUGGAUCAACUUAUAGUGGGAUCCACAGGAGGGACAGCGCUGGGCAUUUCCCUCAUGAAGCCAGAACCAGACGAUAGCAGUGUUGUCUUCCUCACCUGCAUAAACAUUAGUUAUUGGUGACCUGAAGUGCAACGCUCACAAUCAAAAAAGGUGGACAGACGGGCAGGACACAAGAUGACUUACAGAGACAGCCCACCAGCCGCUUGUUUCCGAUGCCGGGCACGAUGUGAGGGUCCUCCUUGGUACCAGCGUAGUGUUUGGGUCUCAGGAUACUGUAGGGAUCCUGUAGCGAGGACACGGACAGGAAUUAGUACACGUGCAGAUUUAGUGUGGGGAAGAAAAGGGGAAAACAAAGGUGUAAAAAAAAUUAAGGAGACAUUUUACAGACAUGAAUAAAUAAAUGUCAACAAACUGAUGAAAACCAUUUGAACUUGUUUUUAUACGUCUGUACACAUUUUUUUUUUAAUAAAUUCAGGAAUACAUUUUUUCCAUUUUA